GCUCUCUCACUUUAGCGAGGCCUCGAACUUUUUUUUUAUCUCUGGGCCAUGGCGACGAGGCGACUCCCCCACCUCCUCAAAACCCUAACCCUAGCCCCACGGCGCUCCCUCACGACGGAGAGGGCCGUGGGCGCUCUCAUCAGCGACCACACCGCCAAAUGGAUGCAGGACACAAGUAAGAAAUCUCCGAUGGAACUGAUCAAUGAAGUUCCUCCGAUUAAAGUUGAAGGACGAAUCGUUUGCUGUGAAGGAGAUAGCGAUCCCGCCCUUGGCCAUCCGAUCGAGUUCAUAUGUCUUGAUCUGGACGAACCUGCCGUCUGCAAAUACUGCGGCCUUCGCUACGUCCAAGAUCACCAUCACCACUGAGACAGAGAUGUCUAGCUCUUUAGAUGCAUCUCGUGCGCUCGCAGCGGCAGUAAAAUUCAUGCAUGCUGCCCACCAUUUCCCCCCUCUUUGUGUUGCAUUCGAUUGCAGAUGCUUCUGCUGUGGUGUAUUCAGAUUCUGAGUUUGAUGAUGACAAAUAAGAUUAUGAAAUCUGUAGUCACGAAGAUCACAUAACUGAUUACGAGGCUUAAGCCCUCUGCAGCAAUCCAUGUCUUCAUUUUUACUAU